AUGCACACUCCGCGAUAUAAUCUACGAAAUUUAAAAAGAAGAAAAUUGACGACGCAAGAGCUAACCGACCAGAUACGAGAGCUCCAAGCCCAAUUGGAAGCGCUACGUGUGGGUGCUUCGGUGCCACCAAGUGCUCCUAGUCUUUCCACACAGCGCAUAGCGAUUCACUUGCCGAAGUUCACUCGGGCGAAUCCACAUCUAUGGUUUGCACAAGUAGAACGUUCUUUUCGUCUGCAUGGCAUUAACGAAGAUGUUGAUAAAUUCGAUCUGGUAACAGUGCAGUUGGAAGAGGAAGUUUUGCUAGCCGUAGAGGAUCUGGUUGCUCGCCCACCGGCAUCGGAGAAAUAUGAGGUUCUCAAGAAGCGGUUACUGGAGAAGUUCGCAGAAUCUCCAGAAUCGAAGCUGCGUCGGUUGUUGCAAGGUGGAGGUACAGCAGGCUUGAAGCCAUCCGAGGUGCUUGCUCACAUGCGACGCCUUGCGCCUGACCCGAGUAGUGAAAGCAUAAUCCUUACACUUUUUUUAUCGGAGCUGCCGCAGUCGAUUCGACCACUUCUAACAGUGUGGGAAGAAACUGAUCUGCAUAAGCUUGCGAAAAUUGCAGAUAAGAUGCUCGAGGCCAUUGGUACAAACACUACGUUCGCAGUAGCAUCAACACCACCGAAAGUACCCGACGAAGCUGUAAAUGCUGUAGCACCAGCUGGUGCCUCCAAGAAUAUCAACGAUUCGGUUCGUUUACUUACGCAAAAAGUGGACAGCUUACAGAACGAUAUCAAACGUUUACAGUCUGUCAACCGCUCUCAAAAUCGGCCACGUAGCCGUACACGUAGCCAGUCUCCUGGUCCUGGUCAACCAUCUCGGCAAACAGAUGGGCAUAGGGAUAGACUCUGUUACUACCACCAAAAGUUCGGCGAUGCUGCCCGAAAGUGUCGACCCCCUUGUACGCGUUCUUCGUUAAACUAG